AUGGCUUCCCUCCACGCAAUUUCUCCUCACAGCUUCCUCCCUCUCUCCAAUCACAGAAUUGCUCCUACAGCUCAAAUCCUGAGCGGGCCUAUUAGGCUCCUUCCGAAUCGGAUUUUCUCGAGAAGCAAGCAGGUAGCUGACAGGUUGGUGGCGAAGUCGCUUGUGCAGGACGAAUUCGAUGUCAUCCCGGUGCAGAGCGGGGAUAGCACGGACCGGCAAGAAGGUAUGGCGGUGGUGGGGAGCCAAGUGGAGAGAGAAGGCAACGAGUUGGCGGUGGUGACUCAGGUGAGCGGGUUCGGAGCGAGCGAAGGUCAGUUGUCGUUGGAAGGCUACACUUCUGUUUCUGGCUCCGUUGUUGGAGGAGGUGGUGGUGGUGGUGGUGGUGAUGGGGAAGGUGAUCAGAGGGAGAAGGAGCUGGAAAUGGAGCGCCUGAUUGAUCGGACGAUUAACGCCAUGAUUGUUCUUGCUGCGAGCAGCUAUGCUAUUACUAAAUUGGUCACAAUUGAUCGUGAUUACUGGCAUGGAUGGACCCUUUAUGAGAUACUAAGAUAUGCACCUCAGCACAACUGGUCUGCCUAUGAGGAGGCUCUGAAGACAAACCCAGUUUUGGCAAAAAUGGUUAUCAGUGGAGUGGUGUAUUCUUUAGGAGAUUGGAUUGCGCAAUGUUUUGAAGGUAAACCACUAUUUGAGUUUGAUCGCACGCGCAUGUUCAGAUCAGGCAUUGUUGGUUUCACGUUGCACGGCUCUCUUUCACAUUAUUAUUACCAAUUUUGUGAGGAGCUAUUUCCAUUUCACGAUUGGUGGGCGGUUCCUAUCAAAGUAGCCUUUGAUCAAACGGCUUGGUCUGCAGUUUGGAAUAGCAUCUAUUUCACUGUAUUGGGAUUCUUGAGGCUGGAAUCUCCUCUCGCCAUUUUGGAUGAAUUGAGGGCUACAUUUUUCCCCAUGCUUACAGCAGGUUGGAAGCUGUGGCCAUUUGCUCAUCUUAUUACCUACGGUGUGGUCCCGGUAGAGCAAAGGCUUCUGUGGGUGGAUUGUGUGGAGCUCAUUUGGGUGACAAUCCUCUCCACGUAUUCAAAUGAAAAAUCAGAAGCUAGAAUAGCAGAAGUACCGGUUGAAGCCAGUUCCAGUUCCGAUUCUAGUGCUGCACCAGUCACCCCACACGGUCACGAGGAAUAG